GUCACCGUCAAGCUGGAGAAUCAAAACUGAAAGUAUUCAUCUCGUACUUUGCUUUCAGUUUGCAGGUCGCCAUCGAGAAAAACAAUGGAUUCGAAAAUUUGGGCUUUCGAGCUCCGGGAUGAUCAAACGGUGAAUAAAAAGCCGGUGUCGCUGACCUUUCCUCGGCCGGAUGACAGCUCCUUGUACAUCGUCACCAAUGAGAAAAGCAAAUGCCACCUUUUACAGGAGCCGGCCAACCGGAAAAACGUGGAAAAGAAGUUGGAGGAGAAGAAGAUGGAGGAGAUAUUCCAGUACGGCGGAUCCACCAAAGUCUUCUCUGUGACCAAUGGAACUGAGAACAAAUGGGAGGUGCGUUUGCUGCUGAGCCCCUCCGAGGUGAACCGGCUGUCCUCCGGCUUCAAUUUGAUUGGCUACCUCAGCACAUGCCUGGUAACCGCAGAGUCUCACAAAGCCUAUGAGAAACUCCUUCAUGGGGGCCACAAGGACACAGCGAAAGAGAUCGGCAGGAUGAUCGCCCCGUUCUUCUGCCUUCCGGAAGGUGACGUGGCCAGGCUGGAGAGCGACUGCUGCACAAAACUCAAGGGAAUGGUGAAGACCAUAGAGUCCGGCAUGGGUAAAAACGAGGCGGUGAUGGUGGCCGGAGGGCUGGCGGCUCUGAUGGCGGCUGAACUGGCCUCCUCUUUUGUAGCCUCCGACACGUUUGACUAUACGGGAGAGAAGACGGAGAGCGGGGAGGACCUGAAGGAGAAGAUCGAUCAGAUGGUCAAGGCGUCCAACAUACAGGCCGAACUUUUGGUGGUUUCACAUCAGGAGAAGUCGGUGUUCAUUAUAUUUCGGAACCCCUGUUCUGAUAACUGGGCUUCAGGUGGUAGGAAACGCAUACGGAGCGGAGAAACUUUCGAGUUUGGCCUUUCUCACAAAGUCUUUUCCAUCUCUGGAUCGCAAUCCGAGAUUCAAUUACUGCAAAGCCUACAAGAAUCCUAUGACAUGAUCGCCGUCUUCCACAUCGCCGCUUUUGCUGAACACUUGCUGAUGACUCAGAAGUGGAGGAAGACACUGGAUGUGCUCCUGAAGGACGGUCAAAACAAGGAGACGAUUACCAAGCUUUCCCAGUUUGCUGCUAAAUUUGUGUGUAGUGGGAAGUGUAAUGAGGAGAUCUUUCUAAGUUGUUUUAAAAAGGAGAUGAGGGAUACGUUGUCUAAGGUUAAAACAUUGAAAGUGGGUGGUGAGGCAAUAUCAGUGUUUGGUCUUUUGGUGGCUAUCAUGGCAGCUCUCAAGGUCAAAGCCAUUGCAGAUAAUCUCAUUAAGGAAAUCCCUCCCAGCAGUGAUGACGAUACAGAACAGCCUCUUGCUCCAGAAAGUCAACUUUCCAAGGUAGACCCUGAUUCUAAUAGGGGUGAUUUACCAAAAACACAAGAUGUUGUCCAUCCCGAGCCAGAAACCAUUGGUGCAAAUUUAAAAGGAAACGAUGAUACCGUUAAUGAAGAAGCAGUAACUGGUAACAAAGGUGGCAUAUCAGGAGGUUUAAGGGUUGGUCUUGGGGGCAAGAAUGAAGAUCUUACUAAAAAAGCCAACAGUGAAAACAAGGAGAUGGGUUUCUCUAGAACAUCUAGGGUUGGAGCACCAGAAACUAUAACAUCAUUGCCUAAUUCAGAUGAUAUUACACAUGUAUGCCCAAUAGAAAAGCCUUUAAAUGAGCAGUUACACUCAAACAAUGAUAAUCUAGUGAUUCGCAGUGAUAUCGAAACAACUGGACCACUGGGCUCUCCAGUUGAUGGCCCAUCAGCUGAAGAACCUCAAUCAGCUGAAGAACCUCAAUCAGCUGAGAAACGUCAAUCAGCUGAGAAACGUCAAUCAGCUGAAGAACCUCAAUCAGCUGAAGAACCUCAAUCAGCUGAGAAACGUCAAUCAGCUGAAAAACAUCAAGGUUUGCCUGAGAUCACCUCAACAGUUGAUACAUUAAACACUUGCAAGGACGACCGACAAGACCAAGAUGAAGUUAAAGAUCCAGGUUUAUCUCUAGAGAGUAUCUUUAGUAAGACAUCUGUAGGUCUUGUUCAUGAUCCCGAUAGUGGUUCAGGGACAACGUAUGAUGAAGAUACAACACCUGAUGUGCCAACCCCAACGUUCGAUUUAAACAUUAGUGGUGAGGAGUCUUUGACAUGGAACUUUCAAAAAUACCCAAGCACUCCAAUAUCACAGGAAAGAAAAGAGUUAGAUAUUGAUCAGCUGGGCCAAAGGGCGGACCACCUAUCUGACGUAGAUCAGGGAGGAGAAGACACGUCCAAUAGAUCUGUUGCCCAAAGCUCAUCAUUUCCGAUGCCGCUGAUCAUUCUGAUUCUUGCUUUGGUCAUUGGUUUAUUCAUUCUUCCCAGUCAGUGGACAUAUGUCUUAUUCACAGGCUUGGCACUGAUGCUGGGUGUGUAUCUGUUUCUCAGCAGUGAACCUUAGUGUCUUUUCGGUGGGGAUUCCUAAACAAAAUCUCUCACUUUGCUCAAUCAGGGCAAAGUUAAGGUUCUCUUGAAAGCCCACCACCACCCAGGGCUGUCUUAACUCAUGGGCACUGCCCAAGGGCCACAAGUGCACAGGGGGCCUAUGAUAAUCUUGCAUUUCAUCAUACUUGCCAACUGUCCCGGAUUUGCUGGGACAGUCACACUUUUUACUAAGCUGUCCUGGAUUUUCCGGGACAGUCACACUUUUUUACUAAGCUGUCCUGGAUUUUCCAGGACAGUCACACUUUUUACUAAGCUGUCCCGGGAAGGCUAUAUCUCAGGCAGCAUCAUGGAAUCUGGGCUUCAGGGACAGGAGCAGCCACUAGGAUAAAUCUACAAAUGGAACGAUGUCUUCCCAAGAUAAUUUUUAUUAAAAGUACUAAUAAAUAUAUUUAAUUCUAUCAACUAUUUAUACUUUCAUUCUUGAGAGUAGGUGCAUAAAUUAGGGCAGGCUGGUGUAGGGGUCCUAGUGCAUUACUUUUCCCAGGGGCCCAUGGUCCAUUUUGUUUGUCAGCCCUCAAAAAUACCAAGAGCAUGUGACCUUCUCCCCUUAUCCUAGGAUGCAGUGCUUGGGCCUGGAUGGCAAGUCAGAAAGUUCUUGGGUCUGGAUGGCCGGUCAAUAAGUUAUUGGGCCUGGAUGGCCAGUCAACAAGUUCUUGGGCCUGCAUGGCCAGUCAACAAGUUCUUGGGCCUUAAUAGCCAAUCAACAAAUUCUUGGGCCUGAAUGGCCAGUCAACAAGUUAUUGGGACUGAAUGGCCAUUCAACAAGUUCUUGGGCCUGGAUGGCCAGUCGACAAGUUCUUGGGCCUGGAUGGCCAGUCGACAAGUUCUUGGGCCUGGAUGGCCAGUCGACAAGUUCUUGGGCCUGGACAGCCAGUCGACAAGUUCUUGGGCCUGGACGGCCAGCCGACAAGUUCUUGGGCCUGGACGGCCAGCCGACAAGUUCUUGGGCCUGGACGGCCAGCCGACAAGUUCUUGGGCCUGGACGGCCAGCCGACAAGUUCUUGGGCCUGGACGGCCAGCCGACAAGUUCUUGGGCCUGGACGGCCAGCCGACAAGUUCUUGGGCCUGGAUGGCCAGUUGACAGGCCCUACCCUGCCCUGUCAUGUAGGGGAGUGGAGAAGGUCAUCAACCUUGUGUAAGCUUUGACAACAACUGACAGGAAGGUUAUACCGGGAAUAAACUCAAGGCCAAGACGAAUGAAUGGAAAUGCAGUUGGUUGGGGGUAAUGGUAAGCUUUCAAGAGAACCUGUCUAUAUAAUCUCCACUUAUCUGCAAAAAAUAUGGAUUUUCCAUCUUAAUAAAGCAUUUAUUACAAACUGACAAAAUAAAGAAGUUUAAUUACAGAUGUUUUUUUCUACAUUGUACGUAAGUACUUGUUUUGAUUCUAGCUAUGAAAAUGUAAAGAACUUUUAUAAUAAUCCGGUGAUGGACACUUUAAUAACUUUUGCAAUAAAUAAACCGUGAACGUAGUA